GAAAGAAACCCGUUGGCUUUGUCGCCUGGUUGACGCAGGGCGGUAAGGGGAGUGAAGGAAUCAAGUGCCUUUCAAGAUGGCGUUGGGACGGUACGCGUGGCGUCGCGUCUAGAGUGGAAAAUGCUCGAGAAUUCGAACGUCAGAGUCAGCUCCAGGAUUGAUAUCGCCGACUGAAUAGUCUGUUACUUCCAUCGACUCUUCCUUUUGCGCAAAACCUAUAUACGACGAAGUAUGACAGCAGCCGUCGUCAUGGAAAAUUUAAAUUGGGAUCCUGCACUCUCCAAACUACUCAAUUCCCUGGAGGAGAAUAAGACAGAAAUCCCAAGUUGCACCGAUGAAGAAUUUGGCUUCCUAAGUGAUUUAUUGAAGUCGAAAGAGCUGAAUGCACUAGUGAACGUGCACAAUAAAAUUCUUACAAAUGUCAAGGAUGACAAGUUCUUCCCAGUUCUCUCAAAUGCAAUGGAUAUCGAUGUUGAAGUUUUAGACUUAUUAUCUACGAAAACACAUUUAUCCGAGGAGUGCAAGGAAUUAUUUUACCUCUUGCAGAAACCACACAUACAGGGAUUGCUAUGUGCUCAUGAUGCAGUUGCUCAAAAAGAUUACUACCCCAGAUUGCCGGAAAUUCCCUUGGAGGUCGACGAGGACGAGGAGACUGUGAAAAUCGUGCAACUCGUAAAAUCCAACGAGCCCUUGUGCGGUGGUGCAGGCGUUGAACCUAUCGUGGGGGCGACCAUAAAGACUUGCGAAGUUACCGGGAAGAUCGUGAUUGCACGUAUCAUGCACGGCGGCGCCGCAGACAGAUCCGGCCUCAUCCACGUGGGCGAUGAAGUCUGCGAGGUCAACGGGAUCAGCGUCGAGGGCAAGACGCCUAAUUGCGUACUGAAGAUUCUGCAAAAUUCAGAAGGCACCAUCACCUUCAAAAUCGUGCCAGCGGACAGCAAGGGUGGUAUCAGGGAAAGCAAGGUGCGCGUGAGGGCGCAUUUCUCAUACACGGCUGCGGAUGAUCCUUACAUACCGUGCAAGGAGGCCGGCUUGGAUUUCGUCAAGGGCGACGUGCUCCACAUCGUCAGUCAAGAUGAUGCCUAUUGGUGGCAGGCGAGACGAGAAGGCGAUCGAAACAUGAGAGCUGGUCUGAUUCCAAGUCGGGCUCUUCAGGAACGUCGAAUCAUCCUCGAGAGGCAGCAGAAGGAGAAGACUGACGAUGACAACAUAAGCUUGUGUUCUGUUCCAGUGCCUUUGCCCGCAUUGUGCCCCCGUCCCAGUACCUCUUCUUUGCACGCCUCGCCCACAAAGUGCAACUUACAAGGAAUAAAAACUAAAAAAAUCAUGUAUGACGCAGCAGAGAACGACGACUUUGACCGCGAAGAGAUUCCGACCUACGAGGAGGUCGCCAAGCUCUACCCAAGACCUGGGAUCUACCGACCGGUGGUUCUGAUCGGACCACCGGGCGUUGGCAGGAACGAGCUCAAGAGGAGACUCAUGGCUACCGAUCCCGACAAGUACAGAACACCUGUACCCUACACCUCGAGAGCACCGCGACCUGGCGAGGUCAACGGCAAGGAGUACCACUUUGUCACCCGAGAAAAAAUGGACGAGGACAUCGAAUCCGGUAAAUUCAUCGAGUAUGGAGAAUACAAGGGUAACCUAUACGGGACGAGCGCGGAGAGCGUGAGCUCACUGGUGAACGCUGGUUACGUUUGCCUACUGAAUCCACACUAUCAAGCGCUGAAGAUGCUCAGAACGCCCCAGCUCAAGCCGUUUGCUAUUUAUGUCAAACCACCAAGGUUCGAGAUCCUCAAGGAGACGAGGAACGAGGCCCGCGCCAGGUCGACCUUCGACGAGACCAACUCUCGCGGUUUCACGGACGAAGAGUUCCAGGAAAUCCUCCACAGCGCCGCCAGGAUAGAAUUUCUCUAUUCGCAUCUCUUCGAUGACGUCAUUGUCAAUGCUGACCUUUCGAUGGCGUUCGAGCAGCUGGUCGGCGCGAUUCACAGAGUGGAGACCGAGCCUCUCUGGGUUCCGGCAUCCUGGGUUCAAUGAAUCUGACCUCUUUCUCUCUCUCUCUCAGAGGUCAACCAAGGAUUCGAUUGGUGAUUCUGGUGCGGGUCCACGUUGACACAAUCGCAUCUCAUCACGCGCGCGUGCAGUGUACAACGUGCACCCCUGCAUCUUGGACUCCGUCGAAUUCUCGAAAGGGUUAACGUACGUGUGAGGGUAGUUGAAAUUGAAAAUUGGUAAAGAGAAUAUUUAAAAAAAAAAAAAUACAAGAAGAGCCGCCUGUCUCUCGCGAAGCAUACAAAAGUUGCCUUCAAUUUGGAUCUUCGCUUCAGGAGGGACACGUGCGCUGCGAAAAUUAUAAACUAAAAAAACUUUACUAUUCUCCUUCGAAUUUCGAUCCCAGUUCAAAGGUCGUUUGAGCGGCAUUAAUUCUUCGUUGUAACGAGAGUCGACGAAUCUCAGCUAACCGUUCAUGAAUUCUUGGUUGAGAGGAGUAACCACGGGAGGAACUAGAACAUUUUUUUCAUGCUAGAAAAAUAUCCAUAUAUAUACAUAUAAGGGAGGAAUUUUACACGUGGAAUUUCUUCUCGAGAAUUCCAUUCGUGUUCGGAAUUGGAUCAUCUCGAUGCUCGCUCGCUUGGGGGACCUUACACGUGUGUCUUCGCGCCUUUCUUUUUGUUUUCCUUUCCUUUCACAUUUUGACUAGAGUAUCUCGCGUUUUAUCAAUAUUACAAAGGUAACAUUUAGAACCCUCACUGCCAAACUUUUUCCGUCGUUGCGCGUCGUCGCGCGUCACCUGCGCGUACGACUUCCCGUUUCCGGAAAUACAUUGCUCGCCACUUUCGCUUCCUCUUUUACGACUGAGGCCAUUAUCGGUACGAAACUUUAAGUGAAACCAUCGACUGCGAUCGAGUACAUAAAAGCCAAAAGAGGAAAAAAGGCCGAAGAGAGGGAAAAGGAAGAAUCGAUAAAACAAUAUAUAAAUAUAAGAAACGCAGGUUCAAAAGAAAAAGAGCAGGAAAAAAUUAAAUCUUGUACUAUAUACGGCGCUACGUUGUGGCGACUAUUAUUAUUACCAUUACUAUUAUUAUUAUUAUUACUGAUUGCUAUUACAAAUGACGAUUAAUCCCAAUUGUUGUUGAUUGUUGCCAAAUAAAUAAUAACGGAUAGUCGAGAAGAUUAUAUGGUUCUCGCAUUGUAUUUUCCACUCGGCAAACAUUGUAAUACGCUAUUUUCCAUAUUAAUAAAUAGAGUGAGGGAGAGCGAGAGCGAAAGAUAGUUAAGGGAGAAAGAGAUGAAUACACGUUAUCGAGUGAAUAAUUCAUUGAAUAGUUCAUCUUCGAUGUACCACUCUAUAUGUUAUUGAAAUAUAGUAUUACACUUUGAAAUGUC